AGACAGUUAGUAAUACAGCGCUGCAGGGGGUUGCAUUCUGUUUAGUAGUCACACCGGGUUUUUUUGCAUUUGUGUGGUUAGCAAACCCUGUUAAACAGAGUAGACAUAAGGGGGUUAUCACAAAUUUGUUUAAGUGAUUCUGCAAGAUGUCUGUCAAUGGUGUUGAGCACCCAGUUGAGGAUCAUAUACAUCCUUCUAAUGGGGUUCAUCCAGAUAUUCUGGAAAGCAGGUCUGACAGUUUUGUAGAUAUCUCGCCUUUUGUGAAAGAUGUACCUGGAAGCCCUUUUACAAUGAACUCUGGUUCUUUUAGUGAUUUCAAGGUCACAACCAAUAGAAGCUAUCCCUAUAUUGCCAUUAAUGGGGGAAAUUCUCUUGCCCGUCAAGAAGGUGAAAAGAAAGCUGGUGCGUAUUUGGAAGUAAAGAACGACGCAUCCUCCGUGGAAAAACAUGACGUUAACUCUUCAACUCUGGCAGAGGAAUUGGAGAAUGGCAAGUGGGCAAAUAAUCUGGAAGCCAGGGGUUCGGUAGUUGAAUUGAAGUCGAUGCCACCACUAGAAACACCCCAGAAGAGUAAUGUGCACAUACCAUGCUCAACCCCCAAAGUUUCUCAGGUAGAUUUUGCAGAGGACCAAGAAAAUGACUUGUUACUGGAGUUCCCUGCUGACAUAGAAACAACCUGGAAGCCAAAACAGGAUAUUUCCUCAAAUAGUCACCACAUUGACAUGUCAGCAGCACUGCGGUUAGAAGGUCCUCCUCCACCAGGGUCAUCCAGAUCUCCAGGACCAGAUGGACCUUCACUGGGCAGAGAAGGGAUAUCUCUGGAUGAAGCAGUAUCUUCCCGGGGGAACACAGUCUUGGCCCCCGCGGAGAAGCUGUGGAGCUGUAUCCGAGAGGAGGCGGUGAAGCUGAGGAUAUGCGAGUCUGGGCCUGGGUCUGAGGACCCAGUGACUAUCAGUCAGAUGUUCCAGCAGGUGGUAGAGCGACAUGGAGACCAUCCCGCUCUCUGUGCCAAGACUAAUGGUGAAUGGGAGAUUCUGACUUAUAAGGAAUAUUACCUGCAGUGUAGAAGUGCCGCAAAGAGCUUUCUAAAGCUGGGGUUGGAACGUUACCGAGGUGUUGGUAUUCUAGGGUUCAACUCGCCAGAGUGGUUUAUUGCCAAUAUUGGAUCAAUUUUGGCAGGGGGCCUUGCAGCUGGCAUUUACACAACUAACUCUCCAGAAGCCUGUCAAUAUGUGGCCCAUAACUGUGAAGCUAAUGUACUUGUUGUAGAGAAUCGGAAGCAACUGGAAAAAAUCCUGAAGGUUAAAGACCAGCUCCCUCACUUGAAAGCUAUUGUUCAGUACAAGGAUGAACUGGAAGAAAAGCUGCCAAACCUUUACACGUGGAAAGAAUUCCUGGAGCUGGGGGAAGAUGUCCCUGAUGAGGAUCUUGAUGAGAUCAGUAACUCCCAGAAGGCCAAUCAGUGCUGUACUCUCAUUUACACCUCAGGCACUACAGGCCAGCCCAAAGGAGUCAUGCUGAGCCAUGACAAUCUGACCUGGGUAGCAUACGCAGCUGGAAGCAUGGUGAAGCUGAAGGAGAGAACAGAAGUUGUGGUCAGUUAUCUGCCUCUCAGCCACGUUGCAGCCCAGGUCAAUGACAUGUGGUUGGCGAUGCGAUUUGCAGCAACUGUGUAUUUUGCAGACCCGGAUGCACUGAAGGGAUCUCUGGUGAACACUCUGCGAGAGGUGCGCCCCACCAGUUUCCUGGGAGUGCCUAGGGUUUGGGAGAAGAUGCAGGAAAAGAUGAAGGCCGUGGGAGCAAAGUCCUCUUUUGUUAGAAGGAUGGUUGCGGAUUGGGCAAAGUACAUUGGGCUGCAGGCUGGCUACAACUUCAUGAAUGGAAAUGAGUCGGUACCUUGGGGCUUCAUGCUGGCCAACAACCUUGUGUUUAAGAAGGUGAAAGCGGCCCUGGGCCUUGACCGCUGUACCAGGUGCUUCACUGGCGCGGCGCCCAUCACCAAGGACACACUGGAAUACUUCAUGAGCCUCAACAUCCCCGUGUUCGAGCUGUAUGGCAUGAGUGAGAGCACGGGCCCGCACACUGUGUCCCACGAGGCUGCCUACCACAUCAUGAGCUGUGGCAAAGUGAUUCCUGGCUGCAGUACCAAGCUGGAUAAACCUGACCAGGAUGGGACCGGGGAAAUCUGCUUCUGGGGGCGGCAUGUGUUCAUGGGUUACCUCAACAUGCCCGAUAAGACUGAGGAAACCCUGGACCAGGAGGGCUGGCUACAUUCUGGAGAUCUGGGCAAACAUGACCAGGAUGGCUUUCUCUACAUCACUGGCAGGAUCAAAGAGCUGAUCAUCACGGCUGGAGGAGAGAAUAUUCCUCCAGUUCCCAUAGAAGAUGCUGUGAAAGAGGAGCUGCCUGUGAUUAGCAAUGCCAUGCUGGUGGGAGACAAGCGCAAGUUCCUCUCUGUCCUGUUGACACUGAAGAGCAAUGUGGAUGAUUCUGGGGACCCCCUGGAUCAACUGACCCCCCAUGCCGUGGAAUUCUUCAAGCAGCUGGACUGCAAAGCUACUCGGGUAUCUGAGAUCACAGCCAAUAUGAAUCCCUCUGUUUUCAAAGCCAUCCAGGAUGGAAUAGACAGGGUUAACAGCAGGGCCACUUCAAAUGCACAGAAGAUCCAAAAGUGGACCAUCUUACAAAGAGACUUCUCCAUUUCAGGGGGAGAGCUGGGUCCUACAAUGAAGCUUAAAAGACCAGUAGUGCACAAAAUGUACAAAGAAGAAAUUGAAAAGUUUUACACUGAGUGACUGCCAAAGGCAAAAUCUGAAGAGGAAUGGUGAAAAUCUGGCUCUUUAAAGCAGAAUGCUUUUGAAAUGUGAAUUCAAAUGCUUUUGUUAGGAUUGUUCAUUUCUUAAUUUUGACACAAAGCACUUAUAAGUGACUACAGCAUAUCUGUACUUAAAAUUGUUCAUGUAUGAAGUUUUACACCGUUAAAGUGCACUAUUGUAGGUAAGUUUUAAUGACAUUCUUCAAAAUACAAUUUGUACACAUUUUCAAAAUCCUUUUUUGCUGUUUUUAUUAAGAUCUUGCCCUUGUUGAAUUAAAUUCUAUCACUAUCUAAAA